UGUGCGCAGCGCUGCGCGGCGCCGGCGGCCGGCGAGGCCUGGGUCGAAGUUGGAGCCGCUGCCGCCGCCCUGCAGCUCACUCGCUGCCUUGGCAGCGCGCCGCUCUUCUAAAAUGGCUGCCGCUACCGGUGCUGUGGCAGCCUCGGCCGCCUCAGGUCAGGCAGAAGGUAAAAAGAUCACCGAUCUGCGGGUCAUCGAUCUCAAGUCCGAGCUGAAACGGCGGAACCUGGAUAUCACUGGAGUAAAGACCGUGCUCGUUUCCCGACUCAAGCAGGCUAUUGAAGAGGAAGGAGGCGAUCCCGAUAAUAUUGAAUUAACUGUUUCAACUGAUACUCCAAACAAGAAACCAACCAAAGGCAAAGGUAAAAAACAGGAAGCAGAUGAGUUGAGUGGAGAUGCUUCUGUGGAAGAUGAUGCUUUUGUCAAGGACUGUGAAUUGGAGAAUCAAGAGGCACAUGAACAAGAUGGAAAUGAUGAACUGAAGGACUCUGAAGAAUUUGGUGAAAAUGAAGAAGAAAAUGUGCAUUCCAAGGAGUUACUUUCUGCAGAAGAGAACAAGACUGCUCAUGAAUUAAUAGAGGCAGAAGCAGUAGAAGAUAUAGAAAAAGAGGACAUCGAAAGUCAGGAAAUUGAAGCUCAAGAAGGUGAAGAUGAUACCUUUCUAACAGCCCAAGAUGCUGAGGAAGAAGAAAAUGAGAAAGAUAUAGCAGGUUCUGGUGAUGGUACACAAGAAGUAUCUAAACCUCUUCCUUCAGAAGGGAACCUAGCUGAGGCUGAUCACACAGCUCAUGAAGAGAUGGAAGCUAAUGCGACUGUGAAAGAAGCUGAGGAUGACAACAUCUCGGUUACAAUCCAGGCUGAAGAUGCCAUCACUCUGGAUUUUGAUGGUGAUGACCUCCUAGAAACAGGUAAAAAUGUGAAAAUUACAGAUUCUGAAGCAAGUAAGCCAAAAGAUGGGCAGGACGUCAUUGCACAGAGCCCGGAGAAGGAAAGCAAGGAUUAUGAGAUGAAUGCGAACCAUAAAGAUGGUAAGAAGGAAGACUGCGUGAAGGGUGAUCCUGUCGAGAAGGAAGCCAGAGAAGGUUCUAAGAAAGCAGAAUCUGGAGACAAAGAAAAGGAUACUUUGAAGAAAGGGCCCUCGUCUACUGGGGCCUCUGGUCAAGCAAAGAGCUCUUCAAAGGAAUCUAAAGACAGCAAGACAUCAUCCAAAGAUGACAAAGGAAGUACAAUUAGUGCUAGUGGUAGCAGUGGAAGCUCAACUAAAAAUAUCUGGGUUAGUGGACUUUCUUCUAAUACCAAAGCUGCUGAUUUGAAGAACCUCUUUGGCAAAUAUGGAAAGGUUCUGAGUGCAAAAGUAGUCACAAAUGCUCGAAGUCCUGGGGCCAAGUGCUAUGGCAUUGUAACUAUGUCUUCAAGCACAGAGGUGUCCAGAUGUAUUGCACAUCUUCAUCGCACUGAGCUGCAUGGACAGCUAAUUUCUGUUGAAAAAGUUAAAGGUGAUCCUUCUAAGAAAGAAUUAAAGAAAGAAAUUGAUGAAAAGAGUAGUUCAAGAAGUUCUGGAGACAAAAAAAAUAUGAGUGAUAGAAGUAGCAAGACACAAGCCUCAGUCAAAAAAGAAGAGAAAAGGUUGUCUGAGAAAACUGAAAAAAAAGAAGGCAAGGAUACUAAGAAACUAGAAGGUAAAGAUGAGAAGAAUGAUAAUGGAUCAAGUGGCCAGACUUCAGAAUCGAUUAAAAAAAGUGAAGAAAAGAAACGAAUAAGUUCAAAGAGUCCAGGACAUAUGGUAAUACUAGACCAAACUAAAGGUGAUCAUUGUAGGCCAUCAAGAAGAGGAAGAUACGAGAAAAUUCAUGGAAGAAGCAUGGAAAAGGAGAGGGCUAGCUUAGACAAAAAAAGGGACAAAGACUACAGGAGGAAAGACAUCUUGCCUUUUGAAAAGAUGAAGGAACAAAGGUUGAGAGAACAUUUAGUUCGUUUUGAAAGAUUGCGGCGAGCAAUGGAACUUCGAAGACGAAGAGAGAUUGCAGAAAGAGAGCGUCGAGAGCGAGAACGCAUUAGAAUAAUUCGUGAACGGGAAGAACGGGAACGCUUACAGAGAGAGAGAGAGCGCCUAGAAAUUGAAAGGCAAAAACUAGAGAGAGAGAGAAUGGAACGCGAACGCUUGGAAAGGGAACGCAUUCGUAUUGAACAGGAACGUCGUAAGGAAGCUGAACGUAUUGCUCGAGAACGAGAGGAACUGAGAAGGCAACAGCAGCAGCUUCGUUAUGAACAAGAAAAAAGGAAUUCUUUGAAACGCCCACGUGAUGUAGAUCAUAGGCGGGAUGAUCCUUACUGGAGCGAGAAUAAAAAGUUGUCUCUAGAUACAGAUGCACGAUUCAGCCAUGGAUCUGACUACUCUCGGCAACAGAAUAGAUUUAAUGACUUUGACCACCGAGAGAGGGGCAGGUUUCCUGAGAGUUCAUCAAUUCAGUCUUCAUCUUUUGACAGGAGAGAACGUUUUGUUGGUCAAAGUGAAGGGAAAAAACCACGUCCUUCUGCACGAAGAGAAGAUCUAGGUUUUGAAAGGUAUCCCAAAAAUUUCAGUGAUUCCAGAAGAAAUGAGCCUCCACCACCAAGAAAUGAACUUCGAGAAACAGACAGGCGAGAAGUACGAGGAGAACGAGAUGAGAGGAGAACAGUGAUCAUUCAUGACAGACCUGAUACCACCCACCCUAGACAUCCUCGAGAAGGAGGGCCCAAUCCAUCUAGACCAACCUCCUGGAAGGCUGAAGGAGGCAUGUCCACCGACAAACGGGAAACAAGAGUUGAAAGGCCAGAACGAUCUGGGAGAGAAGUAUCAGGGCACAGUGUAAGAGGGGCUCCUCCUGGGACUCGAAGUAAUGCUUCCGGCUAUGGAAAUAGGGAGGGAGACAGAGGAGUAAUCACUGACCGAGGAAGUGGAGCACAGCACUAUCCUGAAGAACGACAUGUAGUUGAACGCCAUGGACGGGACACAAGUGGACCAAGGAAAGAAUGGCAUGGUCCACCUUCUCAAGGGCCUGGCUAUCAUGAUACAAGGCGAAUGGGUGAUGGCCGGACAGGAGCAGGCAUGAUAACGCAACAUACGAGCUCUAUCAAAAUUUUUGGACAUUUAUCCCAAAGCCUGUUCAGAUGCUAAGAGAUGAGCUUUAUUUUCUCUUCACACCAAUAUCCAUUGUGACCCUUCAGCUGGCAAGUAUUUGGCCUCUCUCUUCUAUACACUUCAUUCUUUCCCAUUCAUCUGUCUUAGAAGAGACAUUGGCUUAGCUCACUGACCCAGGUUACUACUAUUCUAUUGGUUGCUUCCACCAUCAAAUUUAAGUGAGUGUUAUACUUGUGCCUGCCCAGCCUCAUCACUCAUUCUUUUUUUUUUUUUAAAGUGGAGGAUAAUUGCUUUACAAUAUUGUGUUAGUUUCUGCUGUUCAAGGAAGUGAAUCAGGUAUAUGUAUCCAUAUAUCCUCUCCCUCUUGAACUUCCCUCCCACCCCCUACCGCUGUCCCAUCCAUCUAGGUCUUCACAGAGCACCUAGCUGAGCUCCCGGUGCCUCAGAGCAGGUUCCCGCUAACUCUCUCUCUACACAUGGUAGUGUAUAUGUGUCAGGUGUGUCCCGCCCUCUCCUUCCCCUCCCCUUGGUUUUCAAAGGUCACCCAUACAUUUUUUCUUGAUAAAUACAGAUUCCUUUAUUUUUUUUUUUAGUUCUUGGGCUCUUUGGUGAUUAAACCCUUUUUGAUUUUCCUUUUUUGAAACAUUCUUCUGUUUUUUUUAUUGGCUCCUUCACAUGGUUGGAUUUUAGAUACUAUUCUUUAUUGUUUUAUACUGUGAUCACCAUGUAGAUGCUUGGAUGAAUCAAAAUUCAAGGUCACAAGCAAACUCAUUCCCCUCCUGUUUCAGAUCUUUAUGUUUCUGUUGUCUCCAACUUCUUUUAAUUUUCCAGUGCCAGACUGGAAAAAAUAUGGGCCUCAUCUUUAUUUUACUCCUUGCCUAGCAUAAAUUUCUAAGUAUGGUUCAGUUUAAAAAAAUAUUUGUGGUAGCUUUGUCUUCUUUUUUAUUUUAGCUCCUGUCGAUCUUCCCAAUAUUUUUCUCUCCUCCAUUUUUUCACAUUAUUUCUAAAUUUAACUGUUGAGACUAUUUUCUUACACCAUUUACUUGUUCCAGAACUACAAACAGCUUCUUUAGAUAACUUAGCCUGGCAUCCAAGCCUUUCUUUAAUCAGGUUUUAUCCUUAAACCAUUUCACCAUGGAUUUUUAUCUUCCGAAUUUGUUACAGGGUUUUGGGGUGGGUUUUUAUUCCUAUAUUGUUUAUUCAUACCUACUAUGUUGCAUUAUUCAUAUAAAAGAAAUUCCAAAAGUAUUUCUUAAAUGAUGUCCUGUAGUUCAGAGGUUCAAGUUCCUAGUUGAUGCUGAUGCAGAUCUGGGGACCACACUUUGAGAAGUCCAUUCAUAUGCAGACCAUUGCAUGGCUUACUAAGAGGCAGGGGUUUAACACAAGACUGCCAGAGUUGAUAUCUUUACACCACUGUUUAUUAUCAGAUAAUCAUUGUGACCUUAGGCAGGUAACUUAAAUGCUGUAUCACUCUUCAUCAGGAAAGCGGGGUUAGUAAUGGUACAUACCUCACAGAACUGUUGAAAGAAGUAAAUUAUUUAAUAUGGGUAAAGUACAAAGAAUAGUGUCUGUUAAAUGAUAAUCACUUUUUAGGUAUUAGCUAUAGUUAUUUUCUCUUUUGUUCUCUGACAUUUUUUUCUUUUAAACCUUU